CCACAGCUGCCCUAAAUUAACAGCAUUGGUAAAAAUUGGUAAAACCAAAAGCACUGUAUAUAUAUAGGGUACAUCUGUACUAUAUUGACAUUUUUGAGCACAGGCCAAUAAGAUGCAUUAAUAAAUGCAGUGCAGUAAGAUGGGAUUGAUAGGAUACAAUGGGAUAUAAUAUUAACAGUAUGAUAUUAUAUUAUACAGUUUUGCAAUGGGUUGGCAUAUGAUACAAUACAAUGAAGCGGUAUUCAUUAUAAGACACAAAUACAAUUUCGCAUUGCACUCUACAAUAUAAAUGGAUAUCAGCACAUUAUUGUCUCUAUGGGGAAAUCUGUCUAGAGCAGUGUUACUCAACCCUGCACAACCAACGAGCCAAAUAGUUGAAAAAUAUCUUUGCAAGAGCCACAAUCUAAGUGGUGAAGUAAAAGCAGCUUGAAGAUCAAUAACAAUAAGUUAAAGGUGGCAAAAAUAGUCAAAAAGCAACAAAAAAUGGGUGAAAAGGGGCAAAAAUGGGAAGGAAAAGUGGAAAAGGGGUCAGAAAGUAACAAAAAUUGGGUGAGAAGUGACAGUAGACUGCAGUAGACUGACAGACUGUAGUCCUGUAGUUAAACACAUUAGCAACAACACUAAAACUUUAUUUAAAAAAUAAUGUUUAACAGUAAUUUAUGAUCCUUCUCCUAUUUACAACACAGCUGCCUGGCACUGAUUAACCAGAGGCUGUUUUCAGGUGUGGCCACUCUGAUUGGCAACCUUUGCACCAAACAAUGGUUGAACAGUGUGCAAAGGUCCGUCAGGCUGCUCUCACUCUUCCUGUCUUCCUGUGGGCUCUGAACAGGGCCCCAUUCAGCUGCCUGAGGAAGCUGCUAUGCACAGAGCUGCUACAGCAGGUGAUCGCCCUUAUUUGGUAGCAGCCUGGAUCAUGUGACCACAAAAUGGUGGAAGCUGUGAGCUGUUUGUAAGCUGAGCAUCUCCACCGAGAGAGCUGGAAGCAGGAAAUAGGCAGGGAUCCUGGAAGCUCAUCCAUGAUCUGAGACGGAAAACCAGGACAGAAAACCCCUGAGCCCCAGCAGUGAGCCAGCAGACAGGAAGCUAAGGAGAGGGAGGGGCUGCUGUCAUCAGCACAGUGUUGUGGACGUGGAUGGAGGAUGCACAAAACAGCUGAUGCUCAUUUUGUUUUCCUGCAAUCUAGGAGCCUUCCAUGUUUCUGCAGCCUUCAUUUGUGUGUAUUCAUAGGCGUGUGUACAUAUUUCUGAGCAUCAUCAUCACAGCAGUCAUCCCCACUGUACAGGAGUCUCUUUUUUUUCUCCCCCCUGCCACAUCUUCCUCGUUCCAGGCUGAGCGCACAGACGGGGAACGAGGAUGUUUCUCCUUUCAUGCAAGUCCUCCAGGGGAUCCGGCAUCACAGAGCAAAAUGAACUCUGAGGGGGGUGAAGGCAGACCAGUUCCUCCUACCUCUCUACCCCUGCAAGGAGGCGCCACUCAGAGAAAAAAACUAUCAGCUCCUCGUAUCAGCCUGUCACUGGACCAAAGCGAGGACGACCUCGGGGAGACGCCGGACGAUCUCGACAUUAACGUGGAUGACCUCGACACGCCGGAUGAGGGGGAUUACCUGGACUACACAGACCAUGAAAUGGACUGGGAAGAUCCCAACGCAGCCAAUAGGAGUGGAAUUUGUGAGCCUUACAAUCAAAUCCCAACCUACAGUGCUGAAGAGGAGCGUCAGGAUGGCAAACUAUGGAGGACAGUCGUCAUCGGGGAGCAGGAGCACCGCAUCAAUAUGAAGAUCAUAGAGCCCUACAUGAGAGUCAUCUCCCAUGGAGGCUACUAUGGCAAUGGAGUGAAUGCCAUCAUAGUCUUUGCCGCCUGUUUCCUGCCUGACAGCGACAGAGAGGACUACCAUGAAAUAAUGGAGAAUCUCUUCCUCUAUGUGAUCAGCACGUUGGAGCUGAUGGUGGCAGAGGAUUACAUGAUCGUAUACCUGAACGGAGCCACACCGCACAGAAGAAUGCCUGGCCUCGGCUGGCUAAAAAAAUGCUAUCAGAUGAUUGACCGAAGGCUCAGAAAGAAUUUGAAAUCCUUCAUUAUUCUGCAUCCAUCCUGGUUCAUCAGGACCGUUCUAGCCAUCACCAAGCCCUUCAUCAGCGCCAAGUUCAGCAGUAAGAUAAAGUAUGUAAGCAGUCUGGACGAGCUGCAGGAACUCAUCCCCAUGGAAAGCAUCCAGAUCCCGGAGUGUAUCGUUAGACUUGACAAGGAGCUGAAGGAAGCGGCCGAGAACUCAAAAAUGAAUAGUUUUCUGCUGGGACCGGAGCCAACAGCAGCAGCAGGCAGGAGCGACAGGCAAGACGAAGCCGGUGCCAGCAGCUCUUAAACCCAAACAUCCAAAAUGGAUGGGUCACCUCAAUGUUCAGAGUCACUGUUAUAUUUUACGGGUGAAGCUGGAAGGCCUGUUCAGCUAUCGUGUGCGUGUGUGGUUCAGCGGUUGCCAAUAAGUCACUGGAGUUUAAUAUGAAAAGAUACAAUCUUACACCCAUUCUCUAUGGCUGCUGUAGCAUCUUCUGUACCUUAAACUUACAAUCCAGAGAACUAUACAGCCGAGCGUGAUGCUUGGCAGCACCUCCAGAGUAGCAUCACUGUUCACGGUAGGGUAGGAAAUGCAAUUACACACCAGACAGUGCACUGCGCAAAAUCCAUUUGUAGAGUCGAUAGUGUUUGUAGUCGUGUGCAUGAGAAGCAGUGAAGCAAUAAUAUCAUCCUCUACUGGUCACACGCUCUCAGUAUUUCAGAUAAAUAAGCAACCUGUGUGUCAGCAACUUACAAUAAAAGCACAAGGUUUCUGCCAAAAAGAAAAAAACCUUGUGCCACAGAUGACCAAGUAUUGCAUUUAAGCAAUCACUAAUGUCUUACUUUACUUCAAAUAGAAAAUUUAACUUUAAAGAGUCUAUGAAAUGGGGUCGAUAUAUAAAACUAUAAGUGCAAUCUGAGAGCAUGUCUUUUUAGCUUGGUGAGUUUGUGUGUGAGUGUUUACCUCCAAACAUCUCUUCAACUUCACUUCAAUCAUCAGGAUGAAACCCCAGAACGUGAAGAUGGGAUUUUCUGUAAAGCACAAUAUCUUCUGUUUGUGUGUUUGUGCAUGUCUUCUCAUAGAUAACUGACAGUCCUCUUCCAGUCGAGUCUUCUUCUGUGCCGUUUCGAGGAUGUUCAGACCAAUUAUGGAUCACUGUCUAGUAAUUCAAUAAACAUGUACCGAAGUC